UUUAGUUGCCUUCACUGUCAAAGCCCAGCUAUCCUGUCUUUCGUUGUCGUUGUAUUGUUAGGUUAUCUCGUGUGCUUUAACACAAAUUUCCUGUCAGUGUUAAUUUUUAUUUUGUCGUACAUCUAACUAAACACUAUGUCCAAAAGAGGACGUGGUGGUUCCGCCGGAGCCAAGUUUCGUAUCUCACUUGGUUUGCCUGUUGGUGCUGUCAUCAAUUGUGCUGACAAUACAGGUGCCAAAAAUUUAUUUGUUAUUGCUGUUCAAGGCAUUAAAGGUCGUUUGAAUCGUCUGCCUGCUGCUGGAUCAGGCGAUAUGAUAGUUGCCACAGUAAAGAAAGGAAAGCCGGAACUUCGUAAAAAAGUUAUGCCAGCAGUAGUUAUUCGCCAGCGGAAACCAUUUAGAAGGAAGGAUGGGAUUUUUAUAUAUUUUGAAGACAAUGCAGGUGUAAUAGUGAAUAAUAAAGGCGAAAUGAAAGGAAGUGCAAUUACUGGACCUGUAGCUAAAGAAUGUGCAGACUUAUGGCCUAGAAUUGCUUCAAAUGCCAGCAGUAUUGCUUGAUCUUUAUUUUAAACUAUUAUUUUUGUGUUGACAUUAAUAUACAAGACUAUUUACCACAUAAA